AUGGAUACAAUGCCGUUGGUGGUCGAGUCAUUUGCCCUUACUCCGCAUUUUUCUGGUGGCAAUCGCGUCACGCUCAAGGGAUCCAUCCAAGCAACGAUCAUGAACCAUCUAGAGGAUUUUGCGAGGCAAAGAGCAGGAUGGAAAUCCGAUGAAGUCAUUCAAGGGGUGAUAAGUGCCGACGGCUUCUACGCUAGUGAAUGGGCACAGGCCAGAACCCCACUUUGCACAAAGAAUAGUUCGUGUUUGUCGUCGAUGUGGACUAUGCGCCCGGUCCAACAGGAACGGGUAUCAGCCUGGCCAUUGAUGGGGCAUAUCUCGAAAGCAUCGUGGGGACCAAAAAAAGGAUUGAAGGGAUAUGAGGAGCAAAUUCGACCUCUCAUCAAUGAGAUGCAACAAAUCCCUCCGCUUGUUCUUGGGAUUUCUGCACCCCAGACGGCCUGGAGGGUCAGGCUCCGCAAUAUGGUUUUUCCGUUUAUCUGUUGA